CAGCCGCGGAGCGCCGUGAGCAGCGGGGCCGGACGGCAGCCGGCGUUCUCGGGGACGCCCUGCGGGGAACCGCCGGUAGCACUGGAGGGGCACCGAGCCUGGAGAAGAAACAUGCAACAUGGCAGCAGCCAUGGAAACUGAACAGCCAGGCCUCGAAGUCUUUGAAACCACGGGCUGUGAGGAGCAGGUGCAGAGAGAGGAGCAGCCAAAACCUGAACCUUUCUAUGUAGAGAGACAUUCCUGGAGCCAGCUUCGGAAACUGCUCACAGAUACACGAAAGUAUCAUGGAUAUAUGAUGGCAAAAGCCCCACAUGACUUCACGUUUGUUAAGAAAAAUGAUCCCGAAGGACCUCAUUCUGAUAGGAUUUACUAUCUGGCAAUGUCUGGGGAGAAUAGAGAGAACACACUCUUCUACUCUGAAAUUCCAAAAACUGUGAACAAAGCUGCUGUCCUGUUGCUUUCCUGGAAGCCCCUCUUGGAUCUUUUCCCGGCCAUCCUGGACUACGGUAUGUACUCUCGGGAAGAGGAGUUGCUGCGGGAGAGGAAGCGGAUUGGCACUGUUGGGAUUGCCUGCUACGACUACCACCGCGAGAGCGGCACCUUCCUGUUUCAGGCUGGGAGUGGAAUUUAUCAUGUGAAAGAUGGAGGCCCUCAUGGAUUCACUCAACAGCCUUUAAGACCCGUUCUGGUAGAGACCGGUUGUCCAAAUAUCCGGAUGGAUCCUAAGCUUUGUCCAGCUGAUCCAAAUUGGAUUGCCUUUAUCCAUAGCAAUGACAUCUGGAUAUCUAAUAUAGAAACCAGAGAAGAAAGGAGGCUAACAUUUGUGCACAAUGAACUUGCCAGUGUUGAGGAAGAUCCAAAGUCUGCUGGCGUGGCUACUUUUGUGCUGCAGGAGGAGUUUGACAGAUACACUGGCUAUUGGUGGAGUCCAAAGGCAGAGCCAACACUGAAUGGGGGUAAAGUUCUUCGAAUUCUUUAUGAAGAAAACGAUGAGUCAGAAGUGGAAAUCAUUCAUGUCACAUCACCCAUGCUGGAGACAAGAAGAACAGAUUCCUUCCGGUACCCCAAAACUGGUACAGCAAAUCCAAAGGUCACUUUCAAGAUUUCUGAAGUGGUGAUCAAUGAAGAAGGAAGAAUUGCAGGUGUUGUGGAUAAAGAGCUGGUUCAGCCGUUCGAGAUCCUCUUUGAAGGAGUGGAGUACAUUGCUAGAGCUGGGUGGACGCCAGAAGGAAAAUACAUUUGGUCCAUCUUACUGGAUCGUUCCCAGACUCGACUGCAGAUCGUCUUGAUUCCCCCUGCAUUAUUCAUCCCAGUAGAAUAUGAUGCAAUGGAAAGGCAGAAACUUAUCGACGCCGUACCGGAUUCUGUUACACCUUUAAUUAUUUAUGAGGAAACAACAGACAUAUGGAUAAAUAUCCAUGAUAUCUUCUAUGUUUUCCCUCAAACCCAUGAAGAUGAGAUAGAGUUCAUUUUUGCCUCCGAGUGUAAAACAGGAUUCAGACACCUAUACAAAAUUGUUUCAAUUUUGAAGGAGAGCAAAUAUAAACGGUCAUCUGGAGGACUCCCUGCUCCAAGUGACUUCAAGUGCCCCAUCAAAGAGGAGAUUGCCAUUACCAGUGGGGAGUGGGAAGUGCUUGGCAGACAUGGGUCCAAUAUCUAUGUAGACGAAGCCAAAAAACUGGUGUAUUUUCAAGGCACGAAAGACUCUCCUUUAGAACAUCACUUGUAUGUUGUUAACUACAAGAAUCCCGGAGAAGUAAAACGACUGACAGAACGUGGUUACUCUCAUGCCUGCUGUGUCAGCCAGGAUUGUGACAUGUUUAUUAGCAAGUACAGCAAUCAGAAGAACCCACACUGUGUGUCCCUUUACCGGCUGACAGGACAUGAAGAUGAUGCAGCUCAAAGGACAAAGGAGUUCUGGGCUACGAUUUUAGAUUCAGCAGGCCCUCUUCCUGAUUACAUUCCCCCAGAAGUGUUCUCCUUUGAGAGCUCCACGGGGUUUACGCUCUAUGGGAUGAUGUACAAACCUCACAAUCUGCAACCUGGGAAGAAGUACCCUACUGUGAUCUUCAUCUACGGAGGCCCGCAGGUGCAGCUAGUGAACAAUCGAUUCAAAGGGCUCAAAUAUUUCCGACUGAACACCUUGGCCUCUUUAGGCUACGUUGUUGUGGUUAUUGACAACAGGGGGUCCUGCCACCGAGGGCUGAAGUUUGAAGGAGCCUUCAAAUACAAAAUGGGGCAAAUAGAAAUUGAUGACCAAGUGGAAGGGCUGCACUACUUGGCAUCUCAGUAUGACUUCAUUGAUUUGGAUCGUGUUGGCAUUCAUGGCUGGUCAUAUGGAGGCUACCUCUCUCUUAUGGCUUUAAUGCAGAGGUCAGAUAUCUUCAGGGUUGCCAUCGCCGGAGCGCCCGUGACGCUGUGGGUUUUCUAUGACACGGGUUACACAGAGCGCUACAUGGGCCACCCGGAGCACAACGAGCAGGGCUACUACCUGGGUUCCGUGGCCAUGCAAGCUGACAAGUUUCCUUCUGAACCAAACCGUUUGCUGCUGCUACAUGGGUUCUUGGAUGAGAACGUUCACUUUGCACACACUAGUAUUUUGCUCAGCUUUUUAGUGAGAGCUGGGAAGCCAUACGACUUGCAGAUCUACCCUCAGGAGAGGCACAGUAUAAGGGUGCCUGAGUCGGGAGAGCACUAUGAACUCCAUCUACUGUAUUACCUGCAAGAGAAUCUGGGCUCUCGCAUUGCUGCCCUGAAGGCAAUGUAACUCACCUCUGCAGGACUCUGCUCAGCUGGCUGCUGUUCCGAAUGAGGAGAUAGGAAACUAGAGAAAACAACAGAACUUUGCAUUUUGGUGCCUGCCACGUGUACACACACAUUCAUACAUAGAGAGACACUUUUUUAAAGUAAAUUUGGUGCCAUAUAGGGAAUUAAAGGACGAUGGCCUAAUAACCUUAAAGCUUAGGGUGUAAAUAAAAUCCAGUGUCUGUAGUGCAAUGCAGUACCAUGGGUGUUCUCUCGGGGGAGGAGCUCAACUGAAGAUAAAGUACUUCCACAGCACCAGAUCUUCACGUUUUAAAAAGACUCUGAUCUAAUCAGUGUUUUUACAGUGUGUUCCUUGACACUAGAAAGUUUACUCACUACACAGCAGGAGUUUACCUGGAUGCUUACAAUGUGUACAUUACGUUUUGAAUGUCAUUGUAUAGCUUUUAUGCUUCCUAAGCGGGAUGUGUCUCACUCCAGAGAAGUUGGUCCCAAGUUAGACACGUCCCCUAUCCAGCUUCUGAUUGUUUUUUAAGGAGAAACACUUUUAAGCUGCCCUAAGAAGAUUUUAAAUUUUGGAUUCAGUUCAGCUGAUGCCAGAUUGUUUUCAAAAAUGGCUUUUCUUCUCAGGAUAAGUCGUACUGGUUUUCCUUCCAGCAGAUUGAUAUCCUAUCCUGAUUGUACUCGAUUUCACCUGGGGAAGUGAAAUGAUGUUUUACUGUGAUGUGAGCAUAACAAUCUUUUAUUUGGGAUGCAAACUAAUUUAAGGCAAAUUGCUGAGACUUUGUAAAUUCUAAAAGAAGCUUAAAAGUGCAGCCUGUUCCUCGCUGACAUUUUUCCCUGACGUUCAUUCUGGAGCUGUUUUUGCAGUACUGUUUUCUUACUGUCACAUCAGCAUGAUGUAGAUAUAUGCAUCCUGUUACAGUUCUGAGAUCCAACGCUCUGAUUCAAGGGUCUGCAGAGGAUUUGGAGAGGAGAGACCGUACGAACACUACGCAUCAGGCAGUGUGAGCUGCUCCAUUGGAUUUCCUGAUUAUAUUCAAGGCACUGUUUCCCAGGCUCUGCUCAGUCCUCUGGUCCCAGGUCAUUUCCAGCACUGCUGCAUAGCAUGACUGUGAUGCUGUGUUUGAGAACUCCCUUCUGCAUAGCUUAAGCAGCCAAGCACUUUAAGACCCCCUGCUCUCUUAUCCUGCAGAAGUGCUGGGAGGAUUUAUCAGCAGAGCUUUGCAGUUCUGGUCAGAGAUGCCUCGUGUGAGCUUUGAGACUGAGCUGCCAUUCCCCUCCACACGGUGCAGCGGUGGUGGAGUGGCUGGACGCGCACCUUCGCCUUUCUAUUUCUUAAAGUAGAAUCACAGCUGAACACCUGAAGUGAUGGCAUUGGUUUCCUGCCAGCGCCACUCAAAAAAUCCACAACUUUGGCUUCAUCGGCCCCCAUUGGCAGCUUGGAGGUAGAUGUGUGCUGCCAACAGUGCUGUAAUAUCCAUCGAGGGCCGCCCUGAGGUUGUCCAAGAAGGAAACACAGCUAUUUCCAACUGAGCUCGGAGUCACAUCAAAGUAGGAGCUAUUUUUUAUCUUCAUACAAAACUAUUCUCCAUCUCUCAUCCUCCUUCUGGCCAGAGCUGAUUUUAAUGUGGGAGGCUGGAUGUAUGAUGUAGAGUUUAUCCAUUAACAUUUAGCAAAGGCCAGAUUUAAACAUUUCGGUGCCAUCCGGCCAUUUUACACCUUUUAACAGUGUUCCUGGAUGAGCUCUGGCUUUCAUUUGAAAAUGUCUCGGUGAUAUCUGGCAUUCAGCAGAGCUGUCACCAUGCCCCUGCCCACACGCAGCAACGCCGCAGUGAUAAAACCUCUGCUGGCUCUUCCUGGAUUUAAUUAUUUCUAAUAAAAUCUAUUUGUGCUUCAAAUUCUCAACUCAAACUCUCUUCCAGCUCAUGCAUUUUUAAAUAAAGCAGGUAAUGCUGCUCUGUUAUUACAAAUUACGACUGCUGAGGUUUUGCUGCACGCAACAGCCGUGAGGGGGCUAACGGUGUGGGCUCUUCCAUUUUAGCUGAAAUAAACAUUCCUUGUACUUCUUUAA